AUGGGAUUUGGCGCCGUUUGCUAUGCUAGAUACCUACUCCCUGACGGCACGAUUAAAUUUUCGUUUGUUAUGGCGAGGAACCGCGUCUCACCACUGAAACAGUUAAGCAUACCUCGACUAGAGCUUCAAGCCGCUGUCUUAGCCGUAAGGUUAUGCUGCGUGAUCAAACGAGAGUUGUCUGUUAGCAUUGAAGACACCGUUUUUUGGAGUGACUCCAAAACCGUGUUGCAAUACAUAGCUAAUGAAAGCCGACGCUUUCACACAUUCGUGGCUAAUCGGGUCUCAGAGAUUCACGACUCAACCAACCCCACACAGUGGAGACAUAUUCCCGGUCAUUCUAACCCGGCCGACGAUUGCACCCGAGGUCUCCGAGUUGCAGACUUGGAUCAGCGUUGCCGAUGGUUUAACGGCCCCGCCUUUUUGUCCAAAGCUGAAGAGCACCGGCCACGGAGUUUGUUUCCUGGACCCCUCUGUGAAAAUGACAAGGAAGUAAAGAACACCAAGUGGUCCGGGCUUGUGUCUGUUAGCGAUACGAGAGCGUAUUUUCAAGACCCAGGGAAGUUCUCCUCUUGGACAAGAUUUCGUCGUGUCGUCGCGUGGAUUUGUCUUUUCGUCCAAAAUUGUAAAAGAAAACCCGAGGACCGCGUUCUGUCAUCCCUGACCGCUGUGGAACUCCAAAACGCAGAGAUGAUCGCCGUACGAAAAGGUCAAAUGGACUCGUUUCAUUUAGACUUUGGGGCGUUGAAGUCAAACAAGCGACUACCAGUAAAGAGCAGACUCGGUGCACUCGACCCCUAUGUAGACGAAGUAGAAUGUUUGAGAGUAGAUGGCCGUCUACGUAAAGCUCCUCUUCCUGAACAGUCACGACAUCCUUUGACAUUGGACCCGAAGCACGAAAUCACGCGUCUAAUCGUAAUGCAUCACCAUCUUCGUUUGUACUGUACAAGUAACAAGCAUGUGUUGAACGAGCUAAGGCAGAAGUAUUGGAUCCUGAAAGGACUAGCUACAGUUCAGAAGAUUACAUCUGGUUGUCCCUCAUGUCGUGGACUGCGAGUGAGACCCGAGCCUCCUGUCAUGGCUGAUCUAUCUGACUCGAGACUGGGAUAA